CCCGAAGCGCCGGAAGACGAUGAGGAUGACGACGAGACCCUGCCGCACUCGGAGGUGGUGGACGUGUUCCAGGAAGGUCUCGCCAUGGUGGUGCAGGACCCCCUGCUCUGUGAUCUGCCGAUCCAGGUAACUUUGGAGGAAGUGAACUCCCAGAUAGCACUGGAAUACGGCCAGGCCAUGACAGUCCGCGUAUGCAAGAUGGACGGAGAGGUCAUGCCUGUGGUGGUUGUGCAGAAUGCUACGGUUCUGGAGCUAAAGAAGGCCAUCCAGAGAUACGUGCAGCUCCGGCAGGAGCGUGAGGGAGGCAUUCAGCACAUCAGCUGGUCCUACGUGUGGAGGACGUACCACCUGACCUUCACGGGAGAGAAACUCACUGAGGACAAGAAGAAGCUCCGAGAUUAUGGAAUCCGCAAUCGGGAUGAAGUUUCCUUCAUCAAAAAGCUGAGGCAAAAGUGA